UUCGUUAUCACUUGGCCACGUCUUAGUGGUGACCAAACACUGAUUCGGAGAGCUUAAUAUUUUCUAUAUUCGUCAACACAUUUUUACACAACAUUUAUAGUUUAUCGGCUAAUCGUUUCAAUGUAUCUAUUCAAAUAUGAUCUGGUUUUGCUUUAACAAAGCUGCAAUCCUGUGCGUGUCUAAUUAAUUAUUUUAUCAUAUCAUUAACAUCUCUCAACUGGGAACUGCGAAUUGGGCUUGUGUCAGCCCAUCGUUACAUUCGUAUAUGUGUUAUAUGCGAGUGUAAAAAAUCUAUUAUCAGUAAUAUUUUUCGAUUUACAGUUGCAAGGAGGGAUCGUCAGUAGUUGUGUAGAGUUAUAUAAUAUUAUUAUUGUAAUUAACACGAUAUACAAAACACGCGCCUACUAUCUGUUUUACAAAAUAUUUCAACUACUAAGUAUUUGCCAUUAGGUUUAUUUAAGUAGACGGUUCGGAUACACAGAGGGGAAAGUAGACGUCGUCGAUGGUUUGAUUAUAAUAACAUUGUUUUAUAUUUGUGUCGCCUCGUAUAGUCGAACAAAAACAAAAAAAUCUAAACAAUAGAGCAAUUAUUAUUUUACACUCCCACAAAUUUGAAUAAUUGUCAAUUUGCAACUUUCUGUUAAGACUUUUGUAUUUCUAAUAUUUUAAUAAGUUUUUUUCAAACGUUUUGUAAGAAAAUAUUAUCUUAAUUUUACCAAUAUCAAUGGCAGUAGUUUACUGAUGAAUAGGAUCUUAAUAGUUAAAUCUUUCUUUGAGGUUAAAUAACUUGGUAAAAAUUGCAAAUAUGUCUUUAAAUGGCAAAGAAGUUUCAUUCACAUCAUCAGAUGUCAGUAAUGAGAAAAUCACUGCUGCAAAAAUGCCCUACAAGAGCUACAGACCUAGAUCUGUGUCUACAUGUUCAACAGAUUCAUGUAGUUCUGCAAGUUUAUCUGAAGAUGAUACACCAGUUAGGUCUAAAAUACAACAAAAUAGUAAGGGAUUUAGUGAUUUUUGCAUUAAAGAUAUAAGACUCAAAGACUUUGGAAGGCGUGAAAUCGAAUUUGCUGAACAAGAAAUGCCUGGUUUAAUGUCACUAAGAAAACAGGUGAUGGAAGAUAAGCCAUUACGAGGAGCCAAAAUUAUUGGAUGUACACCUAUCACUGCACCAACUGCUGUAUUAAUUGAAACAUUAGGUUCUCUAGGCGCUGAAUUGAGAUGGUGUGCUUGCAAUAUUUAUUCAACACAGAAUGAAGUUGGUGCUGCUUUAGCAGAAGCAGGAUUUCCAAUAUUUGCAUGGCGAGGUGAAUCUGUUGAUGAUUUUUGGUGGUGUAUUGAAAAAUGUUUUGAAGGCAAGAAUUGGAAACCUAACAUGAUUUUAGAUGAUGGUGGAGAUGCAACUAAUUUUUGUCAAGCAAAAUAUCCUAAUAUUUUUAAAAAUUUAAUUGGAAUAGUUGAAGAGAGUACAACUGGUAUUCAUCGCUUAUAUAAAUUGCUGAAAGCGGAAAAACUUUUAAUGCCAGCUAUUAAUAUCAAUAAUUGUGUAACAAAAACUAAAUUUGAUAACCGCUAUAGUUGUAGGGAAUCUGUAAUCGUAAGUUUAAAAAAAUGUACCGAUUUGAUGUUUGGUGCGAAACAAAUUGUAUUAUGUGGUUAUGGAGAAGUGGGUAAAGGAUGCUGUCAAUCUUUAAAGGGACUCGGUUGUAUAGUUUAUGUUACAGAAAUUGAUCCAAUAUGUGCUUUGCAAGCAUGUAUGGAUGGAUUUAAAGUUGUUAAGCUUAACGAAGUUAUUAGACAAGUGGAUAUUGUAAUUACAGCUACUGGUAAUAAAAAUGUAGUUGUUCGAGAACACAUGGAUAAAAUGAAAUCUGGUUGUAUUGUGUGUUGCAUGAGUUAUUGCCAUAAUGAAAUUGAUGUGGCUGCAUUACGUACACCAGAGCUAAAAUGGGAAAAAGUUCGUUCACAAGUAGAUCACAUCCGUUGGCCUGAUGGAAAAACCAUGAUUUUACUUGCUGGCGGUCAUCAUGUAAAUUAUACAUGUUCUAGCAUUCCAUCAUUUGUCACUUCCAUUACUGGUACAACCCAGAUAUUAGCGUUGAUGGAAUUAUUUAAUGCUCCAAUUGGUCGUUACAAGAGUGAUGUAUAUUUAUUGCCAAAAAAAAUGGAUGAGUAUGUAGCAAGUCUUCAUUUGACUGCAUUUGAUGCUCAUCUUACAGAACUUAGUGAUGAACAAGCCAAGUAUAUGGGAUUACCAAAAAAUGGUCCGUUUAAACCAAAUCACUAUAGAUAUUAAUCUACACUUCAAAUCUGGGUUAGAGCAAAUACAAUUUCUUGUUUCCCUCUAUCAAUAAUUCAUUAUCAAUAAUUUUAUUCACUUGCAUAUUAAUAAGGUGUACUGAGAUUCGUUUGGAAGUUAAGUUAACUUAAAAAUUCCAUUAUCCUAUUAAUCAGAAAAAAAUUAGAUUCUGCACAAAUUAUAUGCAUA